AUGGAGGUCGACUUGCCAAUACAGUUGGUCUUGGAUCAUCACCAACAACAGCAACAGCAAGAGCUACAACAAGAACUACAGCAAGAACCAGAACAACAACUGUGCAGCGAGGACUAUCCAAGCUCAGCAUCGGCAUUGAACGAUGAUGAAUCAUCUACAAUACUAUCAAUGACAUCAUUGUUGUCCUCUUCAUCAUCCUCAUCAUCGUCAAUGAGUACGACCACAUCAACAAUGACUACAACAAUGGACUCGUUGGACAAUGACGAUGACCUUUCCACAUCAUCUGGCGAAGAUGACUUUAGCGACUCGGAAUCAUGUACAAACGAAGUGGAUGUGUUUGAUGCCGGCGAACCUGGCGUCCAAGCAUCAAUGGAUCCACAGCCACAACAAGAGGUUGAGGUACAAUCAAUGACCGAGGAGGUCCCAUUGACUUCAACAUUGGUCACAACAUCACUGGAUGACCAGACAAUGACCAUGGAGGACGUUUCCCCACUGGAGGAGACCCCCGUGGCAACAGCAGAUGCAACAACUACAACAACUGUCCCCGAUAAUAAUAAUAAUGACGAACAAGAGGAAGAGGAUGUUGAGGCUGAAGAUGAAAAGGAGGAGGACGAGAUGUCUGUUGUGGAUCUCUCUGGUGAUGAUAGACAGGCAUCAGUGUCAGAGACAAUGUCAACUGAUGAGGAGUUGGAGUUUGCUAGACAAUCACUCGCACAAGCCAAGGCCACUAUAGCCUCUCUCAUCGAACAAAUAUCAGACUACCAAUCAAUGGUGGAGGAUGAGAAGGAGCGCGAGAAGGAACAGUUCAUCCAACAGAUUGAUGAGAUGUCCAGCGAGUUGGACGAGCUGAAGAAGGAGAAGAAUACAUUGGCCAAGUCUAAUAUCAAGAACUUGGAGACAUUGAUGCAUGAGAUGGACUUGAUCGAGGAGACGAAUACUGGUCUGAGACAUAUGAUUGAGUUGGAGAGAGAACGAUUCCAUCAAUCAGAGGAUGCGAACAAACAGUUGAGAUUAGAGGUGGAGAAGCUUAAACGACAUCAUCUUCCUCCCCCGCCGCCAGCACCUGACGCGCCACUCGUCCUCAAGCCACGCACCCAACAGGCCAAGUUCGCAUUGGAGUUGGUCAUGGUCGAUGGUGCCGUGUCCAACAUCUGUCUGCUGCCCUACCGCGAAGAUGCGCCCGAUCAGGCCAGUCUGGUGGAGGAGCGCAAUGAGUUGCUCAAGAAGCUGCUGCUAGAGAAGGAGAGUCAUGGCAAGACACUUUUACAACUCAAGGAGGAAAAGCUCAAGUCCGAGUCCAACAAGAUGUCUUCCGAGGAGGUGGCCAAGCGAAUGAAGGAGUUGUCCAAGGCACACAGCUCCACGCUCAGGCAGCUGGAAGAGGAAAAGGAGAUCAAUCAAAAGAGCACAGACAUCAUAUCAGAGUUGAGACAACACAUCUCAAGACCCCCACUCGCUCCAAGGCUUCACCGAACAUUGUCAACAUACACAACGAUCAGAACUGGCGAUAUAAGCUUCAUUAGUGCACCAUCUGGCACUACUAACCUGGAUAGACGCUCCAACUCUGUUUGUGGCCCACCUCCAAACCUGUCCACAAACCAAACACAUCUCAGUCUACGACUUUAUAACACUGCGGACUUGAAGGCAGGCUUCUCCGAUAGCAUCUACAACAUGAACUCACCGUCUACAUUGGAGCGAUGUCACUUCUCACCAAUGGCCUCAUCCUGGUCCAACACAUCCACCCUCACUGCAAUGAACACAUCGCCACAACUUGGAGGAUCCGAAGAGAACUUGAGUAGCCUGGCCGACGGCGCCACCUCAUCGUCCUCCCCAUGUCUCCAUGGUAUUGACCAUGAGGACCUGCACCCGCUGGCAGCCAGACACAUGAAGAGAUGCUGUGGCGCAUCCCUGGACCUACCCUCAUCAGGCUCAGGCUCGCUCAGGUCGCGAAAGGCACAGAUGGAGGUAUCCAACGAGAGUAUGAUCAGUUGGCUCAGUAUUGACCCCACACCAGCACCAAUCCAAUGCAUGGUAGAGGUAGGCAGCCAGGUGUGGGUGGGCUGCAGCGAUGGCUCGAUCAGGGUCAUGGACAAGGACUCCCAAAAGACAAUUGUCACACGACCAGGCCACACCCCACAUGGCAUCUACUCAUUGGUAGUAUCAGGCAAGACCGUGUGGAGCUCAAGUCGUGACUCAAAGAUCAAGGUGUGGAGCGUGAAGAGUGGCAAGCUGCUCAAGGAGCUAGACGGACAUUCGGGCCACGUGACCUCGUUGCUGGUGGUCGGCAGCACGGUCUGGAGUAUCUGUGCCGACAUGGCCAUCCGUGUGUGGUCCUCGUCAUCAUAUAAGUGCAUCAAGAAGAUCGAGACAAAGAGCUACCUGGUCAGCAUGACCAAGGUUGGUAAUCAGAUUUGGAUUGGCACAGAGAGCUCAAUUUUGCGAUGGGACGCCACAACAUACCAGAUCAUCGACAUACUGCACGGCCACAAGAAGAUGGUGCACUGCAUGAUCAAUGUGGGCCACAGUGUCUGGUCGUGCUCCAGUGACAACCUGAUCUGCUUAUGGGAUCCGAGCUCAGGACGACUGCUCAAACGCCUGACAGACCACAAGUCGAGAGUGUUCUCAUUGUUGCAAGUCAACAAUAAUGUGUGGUCCUGUGCAUGGGACAGGACAAUCAAGAUACAUAGCGCGGAUGGACAUCACUUGGUCAAGGAGAUUGAGCCAGUACAUCGCGAUGCACUUUCCUGUCUGACAUUGAUCCGUCACAGCAGCUCAUCACAGCCACAGGUAUGGUCUGGAUCCUGGGAUCAUACCAUUAUCGUCUGGAAAUCAUCCAUUGAGUCUCCAAACCCUGCACCAACAGCCUGCGCGCCAGACACUUUGUGUGCGCCAGAUGUUGGAUCUGGCCCUGCGAUCCCCUUGCCAGUGCCAACUAUCCCCGAGCAACAAGAAGUAGUCGUCCCCACUACUAAUGGUGGUAGAUCACGCAAGAACUCUGUGAUCACCAAGCCUGACCUCAAGAUCAAACGAUUCUCCCUGUUCUUCUCGUCCAAGAAUGAUCUGUCGUCAAAGAAUGACCUGGGGUCAUUGUUGUCCAAUGCGCCACAGCCUCCAACUACAACCCCGUCACUCAACAACAACAGUAGCUCUGCCCUGCCCAAUCCAUCAUCACCCAGAGGUCAUUUCCUCUCGAUGAUCUCUCCAAGGUCAAUGACUGCAUCACUCGCGGCAAUGUCACCAUCCAACCCAUCGCCACUUGCCAAGUCCAUGGGAGCACUAGACAACCUCGAGCCAAUUGAGCAAUCACCCUCACUCCUGCCCAACCACGAGCUUGUCAAGACACAUCAAACUCACUCAGUUACAUGCAGUGCAUGUCAAAACAAGAUACCUGGAAGCAUAUUGAAGAAGCAAUCAUACCAUUGCAAGAAGUGCCUGUCCAACUUCCACUUUGAAUGCAUUGACAGAGCUCAUUCGAUGGCAUGCAAGUCCUCCUCAUUCUGA